UGAGGCGGCGGAGGGGCUGGUCCAGGCGCGGCCGCUAAGAGGAGACCAAGAGGCGGGGGCUGCACUUGACAACCAGCAUGCAGAGAUGUCAGAAGAGGCAGAAGUGGAUGUGAGAGAAAGAGAGACACAGAGAGACAGAGAGCCAAAGAGGGCAAGAGACUUGACUUUAAGAGACUGCUGUACUGACAACUCCAUGCAGUUCGGAACCAGAACGACUCCGGCUGAACCAGGGUUCAUGGGGACAUGGCAAAACGCUGAUACUAACCUCUUAUUCAGAAUGUCCCAACAGGCCAUCCGCUGCACACUAGUGAACUGCACGUGUGAAUGUUUCCAGCCGGGGAAGAUUAACCUGAGGACUUGUGAUCAGUGUAAACAUGGCUGGGUGGCACAUGCCUUGGAUAAGCUCAGCACGCAGCACCUCUACCACCCCACCCAAGUGGAGAUCGUGCAGUCCAACGUGGUGUUUGACAUCAGCAGUCUGAUGCUCUACGGGACGCAGGCGGUGCCUGUGAGGCUCAAGAUCCUGCUGGACCGUCUCUUCAGCGUCCUGAAGCAGGAGGAGGUGUUGCACAUCCUGCACGGCCUGGGCUGGACCCUGCGUGACUACGUCCGGGGGUACAUCCUGCAGGAUGCUGCCGGCAAGGUGCUGGACCGCUGGGCCAUCAUGUCUCGAGAAGAGGAAAUCAUCACCCUUCAGCAGUUUCUGCGGUUCGGAGAAACCAAAUCCAUUGUGGAGCUGAUGGCCAUUCAGGAGAAAGAGGGGCAGGCCGUAGCUGUACCGUCUUCAAAGACAGACUCAGACAUCAGAACUUUCAUUGAGAGCAAUAAUCGCACCAGGAGUCCCAGCCUCCUUGCCCAUCUAGAGAACAGCAACCCUUCCAGCAUUCAUCACUUUGAAAACAUCCCCAACAGCCUCGCCUUCCUGCUGCCAUUCCAGUACAUAAACCCGGUCUCAGCCCCGCUGCUAGGAUUGCCUCCGAAUGGGUUGCUGUUAGAGCAACCAGGACUGAGGCUGCGGGAACCCAGCCUUUCGACCCAGAAUGAAUAUAACGAGAGCAGUGAAUCUGAAGUGUCUCCCACACCCUACAAGAAUGACCAGACGCCCAAUAGAAACGCCCUGACCAGCAUUACUAAUGUGGAGCCCAAAACUGAGCCAGCCUGCGUGUCCCCCAUUCAGAAUUCUGCCCCGGUCAGUGAUCUGUCCAAAACCGAACACCCAAAAAGCUCGUUCCGGAUCCACCGGAUGAGAAGGAUGGGGUCAGCCUCUAGGAAAGGAAGAGUAUUCUGUAACGCGUGUGGGAAGACGUUCUAUGACAAAGGUACUCUCAAAAUCCAUUAUAACGCUGUUCACCUGAAGAUCAAACAUCGGUGCACCAUCGAAGGUUGCAACAUGGUCUUUAGCUCCCUCCGAAGCCGUAACCGUCAUAGUGCGAACCCUAACCCUCGCCUUCACAUGCCUAUGCUAAGGAAUAACCGAGACAAAGAUUUAAUUCGGGCCACAUCAGGGGCUGCCACCCCCGUCAUAGCAAGUACGAAAUCAAAUCUCACACUCACAAGCCCUGGCCGGCCCCCAAUGGGUUUUACCACUCCCCCACUAGACCCCGUCUUACAGAAUCCUCUCCCUAGCCAGCUGGUGUUUUCUGGGCUAAAGACUGUCCAGCCAGUUCCUCCGUUUUAUAGAAGUUUACUCACUCCGGGGGAAAUGGUGAGUCCUCCAACCUCCCUCCCGACCAGUCCCAUCAUUCCAACCAGUGGUACCAUAGAGCAGCUCCCCCCAUUACCCUCUGAGCCAGCAGUGCCAGUAGUGAUGAUGGCCACUCAUGAGCCCAGUGCCGACCUGGCGCCCAAGAAGAAGCCCAGGAAGUCCAGCAUGCCUGUGAAGAUCGAGAAGGAAAUUAUUGAUACUGCCGAUGAGUUUGACGAUGAAGACGACGACCCCAAUGAUGGCGGAGCUGUGGUCAACGAUGGGAGCCAUGACAAUCACUGCCACUCGCAGGAGGAAAUGAGUCCAGGCAUGUCUGUGAAGGACUUUUCUAAGCAUAGCAGGACCCGGUGCAUUUCAAGGACUGAGAUAAGAAGGGCCGACAGCAUGACUUCCGAGGACCAAGAACCUGAGCGGGACUACGAGAACGAGUCUGAGUCUUCGGAGCCCAAACUAGGUGAGGAAUCCAUGGAAGGGGAUGAGCACAUGCACGGCGAGGUGAGCGAGAAAGUCCUGAUGAACAGUGAGAGGCCGGGCGAGAACCACAGUGAGCCCUCUCACCAGGACGCCAUCAAGGUGAAGGAAGAGUUUACAGAUCCCACUUACGACAUGUUUUACAUGAGCCAGUACGGACUGUACAACGGCGGGGGUGCCAGCAUGGCAGCCCUGCACGAGAGUUUUACGUCAUCUCUGAAUUACGGCAGCCCUCAAAAGUUCUCCCCGGAAGGUGAUCUGUGUUCUAGCCCAGACCCCAAAAUCUGUUAUGUGUGCAAGAAGAGUUUCAAAAGCUCCUACAGCGUGAAGCUUCACUACAGGAACGUUCACUUGAAAGAGAUGCACGUCUGCACGGUGGCUGGCUGCAAUGCCGCCUUCCCCUCUCGCCGAAGCAGAGACAGAAACAGAAAUUUACGGAUGGAAAGAACCAUAGGUCCAGGACAUCGAGACAGCCUGCAUCUCCGUAGACACAGUGCCAACAUCAAUCUCCAUCGUAAACUGUUGACCAAAGAACUCGAUGACAUGGGCCUGGACUCAUCGCAGCCCUCCCUUAGCAAGGACCUCCGGGAUGAAUUUUUGAUGAAGAUCUAUGGUGCCCAGCACCCCUUGGGGCUCGACGUCAGGGAAGACGCCUCCUCUCCCGCGGGGACAGAAGACUCCCACCUGAACGGGUACGGGAGGGGCAUGGCGGAUGACUACAUGGUCCUGGACCUGAGCACCACCUCCAGCCUCCAGUCCAGCAGCAGCAUCCAUUCCUCCAGAGAAUCCGACGCAGGCAGCGACGAGGGGAUCCUCCUGGAUGACAUCGACGGGGCGAGUGACAGUGGGGAGUCGGCGCACAAGGCCGAGGUCCCCACCCUCGCUGGCAGCCUCGGGGCUGACGUUUCAGGAUCUCUGAUGUUCAACAGCUUGUCCGGGAGCAAUGGUGGGAUCGUGUGCAACAUUUGCCACAAGAUGUACAGCAACAAGGGGACCCUGCGGGUGCACUACAAAACCGUGCAUUUGCGGGAAAUGCACAAGUGCAAAGUCCCCGGUUGCAAUAUGAUGUUCUCCUCUGUGCGAAGCCGGAAUCGGCACAGUCAGAACCCUAAUCUCCACAAAAACAUUCCCUUCACUUCAGUAGAUUAGUCUCAGAAAGGACACUACAAAUGCCAGCUCUCACCAGAUGGCCUACGUAUUUGAACUGCCAUAGUCAGUGUGUGCUUGUGUACUUGGGAUGGUGUGUGUGUAUAUAUGUGUGUGUGUAUACACAUGUAUGCCUCUGUGUCUACAUAUAUAUAUAUACACACACACACACACACACACACACACGUUUUCUUUUCUUUAGAUACAAAAAGAUAAACACUAGGUGCUUUUGAAGUUUUUUUCUCUUUCUCCUUUAUAGGUCGGAUCUUUCAUUUGGGGGUGAAAACAAAGUACCCUUUAAACACAUAUACACACAUACACACAUAAAAGCGUGCAACUAGCCCAAAUUUUGACAGAAUAAUAAUUUUUGGUCCUCUCCAAAGAGACAAUUUGUUGUACCCACGACUGUUGCCUGCAAAAAAAUAAAAGGGA